AUGGAUAGUGAAUCCGAUGAGAGUGAAGUCCAUGAAGGAUUUGCUGCUGAUGCCUGGAAUGUUCUCUUCUCAAAUUGUAUAGUGCGUGCUGUUUUAUCCUUGUCAAUGGCUUAUUAUGCUAAUUUUGAUAUCGCUUAUCUUUGUAUAGAGACAACAGUGAAAAAAACACGAGGACCUACACAAUGCUUGAAGAUUCAUGCAAGACAGUUGGAAGAUAGAGAACAAAUUACUCUAGAUAGUGAAGGAGAGGCAAUUGGUCCUACUGAUGAAGCUGUAAACAACUUGAGCAAAUUUUUGGGCACAGUGGCAAGGAAUUCAGAUUUUUGUCCAUUAAUUUACACAAAUUGGAAGGGGAUUAAAGAUAAAGAAGCCAUUUGGGAAUAUGUUCAAGCUAAAUUCAUUAUUCCAACUGAAGGAAAGAGGAUGGUCCUCGCUCGUAUCAAUGACAACUGGAGAAGGUAUAAGACUACAAUAAAGCAAACUCAUUUUCUGCCAUACAAAUGUGUUAAUGAGAUGCUGAAAAAUGGUCCUAAGAGUAUACUUGAGAGUCAUUUUCGCAAGUUAAUUGCUUAUUGGAGAACUGAGAAAGUUAAGAAAAUGUCUGUGCAGAAUAAGAAAAAUAGGGCACAACAGAAAUUUAGGCAUCGAAAGGGACCAAUAAAUUUUGCAAGAAUACGUGCAAGAUUGGCUGCUUCUAAGGAAAAUAAUGAACCAUCUACUCAAGCAGAAAUGUUUGUUGAGACUCGCCAAAGCACAAAGGGAAAAUCAUUGGAUGAAGACACUCUGGAUGUUAUUAAAAAUGAGGAAAUUGCCACCCUUAAGCAGCAACAUGCAACUGAGAAAGCAACAUUAGAGAAUAAAGUUGAUGUGAUGCAAAAAGAAGUAGAUGAACUAAAAUCGCUUGUUAAGAUGAUGCUGCAACAAAAAAGCUCAGGAGUGGACCUUGACAUGUUAGCUACUCAAUUAGGAAGCACUUUAGGGAAUCCGAACAAUAAUGAUGCGCAUGAAGAGGAAAACUAUGUUGAAGGAGAAAUCGAACUUGAUUAA